UCAAACAACAACAUAACGAGCAAGUCUAACCAAAAAUACAUAAAAUACCCAUUUUUACAAGGGAAGUUUAGUCUACCAAAUACAUACACACAGCCAAGGAAGAAAAUUUUAAAUUGUGCAAAAAAGAAAAUCUUUAAAAAAUGGCCAAUUUACCAUUUGUAUUAAAUUUCGAUCCACAUCCUUUUUAUAAUCCGGACAUAUUUCCAAAUAAUGUCUAUCGUCGUUUGCAUACGAGACAUCAUCAUCCCAUUGAUAUGCAUACAAUGGGUUUGAUUACGGCACUGGCUCCACACAUCCGCCAGUUGGAGGCGAAUGGUAAGUCGAAGGAAGACCUGGCACAUGUACCAAUAAAAGGUCUUAACAAAGACAAAGAUCACGAUUUUGCCAUACACAUUGAUGUGGGACUCUUUGAGCCCGAGGAAUUAAAUGUGAAAAUCGUGAACGACCAUUUAAUCAUUGAGGGUAAGCACGAGGAACGCGAGGCCGAUGACAUAGGUUUUGUUUCUCGACACUUUGUACGUCGUUAUGAGCUGCCCAAGGGUCACAACCCCGAUGCUAUUGUCUGUAAACUGUCCUCGGAUGGGGUAUUGAGCGUAAUGCUACCCAAGUCAAAUGAAGAGCCAAAAGAGCGUAUUAUACCCAUACAGCAGACGGGUCCGAAUGAUUUGUUUCUAAAGAACAAGAAGGAAAAUGGCGAAAAGGAUAAAACUAAGAAUGGUGAAGAAAAACAGUAA